AUGUGCUUAUACGCCCGCGUCGUCUUCCUCUGCGCCCACCAGCGCUGGGGUUUAUGUGUAAAGAAGUGCCAGACCGCAGAGAACUUCCAGGCGAGCAAGGUCGACCAAGACUGCUUGGUAAAAAGCCCUCACGUGCCUACAUCGCGAAAGUUGCAGAGAAAGUGCAGCAGCUGUAUCGUGAUGGAAGACAAAUUCGGCAAAGCUAAGAAGAGCAUUGAGGAUGUCAAACAGGUGCUGAAGAGGAUUGGAGAAGACGCGAGGAAGAGAAAGGUGGAAGGGGAGAAGAAGAAAGAGCAAGAAGAAAGCAAGCAUGUCACUACUUCCUUGAUCUUCUGGGAAACCCUUCUUCUAUCCCCCGGAUCUAGUUCAGCUCAGCUCAGCCACCACCGAGAUGCUCCGAUCCCCCGUCCCCGGGUGGGUCUGCCUGACAUGCCCCCCGGAGGUUCUAUCGCCGUCCUAUUCGCCGAGCCGAUAUUAUCUGACGGAUCUCUGGGCCGUGGAAAGAAGAUGAGACAUUCUAGAGUCUCUCAACGACCCAAAGCAUGA